GAAACAACUGUGGGGCUGGGCUAAACACAAUUUGACAAGAAGGGACUCCCUGUUAGAAAAGGUAAACUGUUUCAGUUGGUCGUGUGAUACAAAGAUUGACAACCGUGGAGCCCAAGAAGAGACAAAAGACCAAGAGCGUCCCCCAACGAAGCGACGAGGCGGUCCUUUGUAAAUGUCCUUGUUCCGUGUGAAAACUUUACCGGUUUCGGGUGCAAAGUUUCAAACCGUCUGCAAACGAAAACGGAGCUCAGGAUUAUGUAUGCGGUCCCGUGUUUCAAUUUCCUGUUUUUCCAGCUCCUUUGUCUCUGUGCUUUAAGUCGCUGAUUUUGAAGUAAGGCAACCUAAACGAGUAAGUUUUUCCGAAGAACAAAUGAUACAUCUGCAGCAAGACAUUGUAAUAUUUCAAAGGAGCAGGCAGCCACACAGAUAGCACAAUAUACCGAGUAGCCCCAGGCAAUUUAUACUAGUCACUGCCUUGCUGAAUGCUCAGAUUGAUUCUGUUGGUCUGUGAGUAGAUUUGCUAUUAUAUCUCGUUAUUGUUACUGUAAGUAUAUUCACAUUUAAACUGGAUUUACAGUCGCCUGAGUGAAUCUCUUUUUUUUAUUCACACAUGCAAAACAAAAGGUUUAUGAUACGGUCGGUAGACGGAAGGCUGUAGUAGUAUACACUUAUUUAUGGUUUGUUUGUCUUAGUAAUGUAUCCUCGUCUAGGUUUGAUUUGCUGAUCUAUAAAAUUUUAUUACAGCAUACUUUAUAUACAUUCAGGUAAAAUGGCUUUUGAGCCUGACAGGGUACGGCUGCUAUGUAUGAUGUCACUGACAUUCGGAUUUUUCAUUGUAGAGGUUGUGGUCAGUCGUUUAACCUCUUCUUUGGCUAUGCUUUCGGACUCUUUUCAUAUGCUGUCAGAUGUAAUAGCUUUAGUAGUGGCUUUUGUCGCUGUUCGUUUUGCUGAGAAAACACAGUCUACCAGCAAAAACACCUUCGGGUGGAUUCGUGCCGAAGUGAUGGGUGCCCUGGUGAACGCUGUGUUCUUGACUGCGCUCUGUUUCACCAUCAUACUGGAAGCUAUCGAGCGUUUCACGGAGCCGCAAGAAAUUGAGAACCCGCUGAUGGUUAUCGGGGUGGGCGCUGGGGGUCUCCUGGUCAACCUGUUUGGUCUCUGUAUGUUUCAUGGACACGCAGGGGGCGGACACGGACACUCGCACGGUGGUGGUCAUGGACACUCUCACGGAAAUAAGAAAAACAAAAGAAACAAAAUAUGCAAGUCCGAAACCCCGUCAGGGAACGGGUCGUCUGGCGAGGAGACCAAUAACCUGGUAGGAAACUGCAACAGCCCCAAUAUAAUUCAUUCUGACAGACCUGAAAGACAUGAUCUGCUGCAAGAAAACAGGUUGGAUAGCCACAUCAACAGCAACACUCACUACGAUGAACUGGAUCACACUGACGAGUCAGCAUCGCAGCUCAACAUGCGUGGCGUCUUCCUGCACGUCCUGGGGGAUGCCCUUGGUUCAGUCAUUGUGGUGUUGAAUGCCAUCAUCUUCACUUUAGUGUGGCAGCCCUGUCGUGAAGGAGAGCCAUGUGUCAAACCAUGUGUGGACAGCCACUGCAUAGACCACAAUAUGCUGGUGAGCGCGCUGAGGAACAGCACCCAGGCCGUUACCAGUGCAGGGCCCUGCUGGGUCCUCUACUUGGAUCCCACUCUCUGCAUCAUUAUGGUGUGUAUUCUGCUGUACACCACAUACCCACUUCUGAAAGAGUCAGCCCUCAUCCUGCUUCAGACAGUGCCCAAGCAGAUCGACAUGCAGCGACUGAAUGAAAAGCUGCGCAGCGUGGAGGGCAUACUGGCUGUCCAUGAGCUGCACAUCUGGCAGCUGGCGGGUAGUCGCAUCAUUGCUACAGCCCACAUCAAGUGCCAUGACCCCACAUCCUACAUGGAUGUGGCCAAGCGCAUCAAGGAUUUUUUCCACAAUGAGGGCAUACAUGCCACCACCAUCCAGCCAGAGUUUGUCACAGUCAACUCGGAAUCCCCUAUCUCUCUAUGCGAGCUCUCCUGCCGGACCCAGUGCGCCCCCAAGCUGUGCUGUGGCAAUGGAGACAAGCCUGAGAAAAAGGCCACGGACAAGGCCAUGGGACUGCCCAUCUCCUGCCUGGAGGUCAUCGUAGAGUCUCCAGAGCACAGGGGCAGGGAACAGCCUCCUGUUGAGGUUGAAAUCCAAGUGGGUGCAAGGUCAGAUGGAGAGGUAGUCCAGAGAGAGGUAGAGUCAUCUUUGUAAAGCAGCCAUAUUGGGAGUGGGGGGGUUAAUAGGGGAGAGGGUGUCAUUGUGCAUUCUGGUUGUCUCAAAUAAACACAUAGGGUAAGGGAUGUGGGGAGUGGGGAAUAACAUUGCAGCCCCACUCUUGUUAAAUCCCUGUUUUCUCAGUAGUAUGGUAAUCCACAUUAGGUCACUUCUCACCUACGCAUAAUUAGAAACUCUUGCAUGUGUUUCAUUAUCGCUGUUUUGUCGGAUGAUGUAACAGUGGUGAAGCUGCUCGUCAAAGAACUUUGGAACAAAGAUGAAGAAAAACUAAAGGUUAACAGUUAUUUCAGGUGGCAUUUGUUGUCCAACAGUGAAUUUUUGUGAACUUUCUCAAAAGGCAUACUAAAGCAUUUCAAUUUGAUUUGCAAUUUUGUUAUUAAAUACCAUUAUUAUCUAUUUAAAUAAAUGACUAGGGUAAAAUCUUGCUAAACCCCAAGAAAUGUUAGAUUUGUCAUAGUGGAACUGAAUUUGGACUGCGUGUGUGUGUUUUAGUAGGUCACAAAGGUUUUUGAUAUAACCCCAGGGCUGUGUCUAUAUACUGCAAGUAGAAGCACCACAGCUGAUCUUUUGAGUGCACCGCUGUCAUUUUGUCAGAAAAAGGUCAUAUAAGCACCCCUGUUAAACCCAGAAAUCGAUUAUAAACUUGUUUAUUUCCAAUUUCUUCUGUUUUAAUGCAGUCUGUUGUUUCUGGUAGUGCUUGAAGUAAUUGGAGAUGUAGGAAAAUGGUUUCACCAGAAAGAUGGUAUAGCUGAAAGCCAUUUACAUACUACACAGGGUGCUUAAAACUGUAACCAAGUCUGAUACAGAAUGUGUGAACCAAAUGUACAGGCUUUUUUUGGUGUAUCGUGACAUUCCAAGACUUUAUGAACAGCAUGUACACCAUGUCAGAGUUAAAGAAGCCUCUUUAACAAUGCUUUGAUAUGCUCCAAAGUCAAUAUUAAGAUCUAAAAUAAUUAGCCAUCAAUCCCAUUACUUUAAGUCCCUUUAUAUUUUUUAAAUAUUGAAAUGGCCGGGAGAAAGGCUGUUUAUGGCAGUUUUUAGUAGCUCUGGAAGGACACCCCCUUCCCCCAAAUUCUCUAGUGCUGUUAGGAUGGCUUUAUCUUGCUUAAAACUUAGGGAUAACUCUGCAUAUUAGCAAUGCAACUUUUUCUGUACAUUAUUUCAAGGAUUGAACCGAGCAUUACAUUUACUGUCUUUCCCUUGUUGAAUGGGGUUUCUUACUUCACAUACUUACUAGCCACCAGUUAAUACUGCUUUUUAUAACUGAAAAUGGCUCCAACAAAGCAAUCCUCAUAAGUGAUUGUUGCUGGCUGAUUGCCAUCUGCUCCAAAUCUGAAUAAAACUGCUGACUUUUUUUUGUGGGGGAGGGGUGAACUAUUUUUUUUUGUUGCAGCUGACGGGAAUUGGUUUGGUAAAGGACUUAAAUUUGAGGAUGUAGUAAUACAUAACUUGCAUUGCAAACAACAACUCCUACCGUCAACACUACAAGAAAAAAACAACUAAACUGCUUCUUCCACAAACUUUGCAGUAUCAGUUCUGUCUUUUUAUAUCCUUUGUGGCUUUUUCUCUAUCUUCACUCCUCCCCCUGUUCUUUGUAAUUUUGAUUUAUUUUCUUCUCUUCCAGCCAACCCCCUCUCUCUUCUUUUUUUAAUACAUUUGUGUAAUAUACCCUACCCAAUUUGACAGAAACAAACAAUAAAACGGUUGCAAAUGGUCAAGAUCCCAAUUUGUCCAGAGCACUGUAUUUUCCCCCAUUAUUUGUAGUUAAAUAUCUAAGGAUAAGCAACACUAGAGAUACUUUGUUUCCAUUGUUUUUUUUCAGGGCAUCACCCUGCUACUUUGGUUAAACAACCCCUUACAUUUAUGCCUAGUUGGAGGCCUACAAAGCAUAACAAAGUUAAUUCCAUAACAUCCAUGAUAUGUGAAAUUGGACCCUAUUCCCUGUGGUUAAGUACAUAUGGGAUACAACAAAUUAGCUGAUUUCUUGACCCAUAGUAGUAAAUCUCAACAUAGCACAUUGUAGUUUCAACUGUACUAAAUAAACUACUUAUUGCUACCCAUAUGUGCUUAUUAUAUAAAUGAUUGUGUAAGACAACCCAGCAUGUUUUUGACAAAAGUAUUGCGCACCUAAGCUACUAUACAAGUACAUAAAACGUGUAUUGCUUUGGGAGCUUAGACACUGCUGGAGAGCCCUAAAAAAAGCAGAAGUUCCUAUGGGAAAAAAUAAUGUAGAAAAUAAGAGCUCAAAGGAUUUGGAGAAUACAUUCAUACAUGAAGUGUUAGAAUACCUAAUCAAACUGGUCCACAGUAAAUGCAAUGCUCUGUGAAUACCUUAAGACUCAAGGUAACCAAUUCAGUGGAGGUAAUGUAUUUAGAUACCUUUUUAUGAAAGUUCUCAACUUUGUUUCAGUGUAGUUAUUUUUAAGAGUGAAAGUUUAUCUGCUAAGGCCUUAACCUGUAACUGAACAUCAAUGUUGCAAAAGUUGGUCAACAUGCAGCUGCUACACAACAGUAAUCGUUCUGUACUGUAUUCUAAGUUCACGGUAAUUCCCUUUAAUUACCUGUUACCUACUGAGAUUUACCAGAAAGCCUUACAAAAAGGUUUCAUUGUGUAAUCUGGUUAUUCAGAAAGUCAGGUCAGCAUUGGGUUCAGAAUAUCUAAUACAAUCCUUUGAAGCAAUGCAAAAUAAAGCUAAAGUACAUGGUGUUCAACCUGCUGGUACUUCUUUCUUUCAAAAUUGUCCCUGACUGCUUAGGCAUAGUUUUGAUUAUGAAGUGGCAUGGCAUAUAAUAAGGUAUUGAACACCGUGUCUCCUGGAGCAGGGUUAUAUUUUAACCCUUUAUCCUUAACAUUUCUUCUUUGAUCCCAGAGUUUGUAACGGUAUUAUAUUGAACUUGCUAUCUUAAACAUUUCUGCUGUGCUCCAGGAGUUUGCACAUCUUAGCCUGGUUCUGUAAUUUAAAAAAGGUGCAGUCAAAUCAAUGUAUGCAACUUUUGUAUUUUCAAAAUUAUCCCUUUGAACAUUCCAUGGACAUUUUUUUUAAAUUGAUUAACACAUUUGAAUACAAAUGUUUUGGUACUGAUCGAGGAAUAUAGGCAUUGCCAAGUUUACUGUAAUAGUAAGUAGGUUAAGUUUUUAAGACCACUUUUAAAAAGCUUUCAUUUCUAUGGGGGAUUCCCCAUUUAUUGCACAUGUUUCCAAACAGGGAUUGCAUGAGGAUGAAAAACACUGUUGGUCCAAUGUUGCCACCUUUUGCACUUUAGUAUAUUUCAGUGUAACAGAUUACACAGUUUUGACAUUAACAUUAACAAAGAAUUUAAAUCAAGACCCUGAGACUUUAGAGUUGUACAUCUUGUAUUAUUUUAUUAUUAUAGUAAUCUAUUUUUGUGGCAGGUAUAUUGCAUCUAUUUUACUUUACUGGAAGAUAAAUUGCUCAUUUCACAUAUUUUAACAAAAGCUGGAUUCCAUUCAAGUACUAUCACAACACUAGACAUUAGACCCCAAGGAUAUUGCUGCUGGUGUGAGAAAUCUGUCCAGAAUUUUCUAUUACUUUUGGGGGUUUUAGCAGAUAACUACGUGCUUGCUGUUCCCUUUAUUUUUACUGAUGUCCUUCAUGGCAUUCUUCUGUAUGCUACAGUAUACCCUGACCCAUAACAAUCCCAAGGCCUGAGUUGUGUGCUCUUCAGUGGGUUCAGACAUACCACACUGAAUUCAGUCACCAAAGCUUUGUCAGCCAUUGGGAAUGGGAUGUUCAAGGUGUCUCAUCAUUUGAAGUUCGGUGUUAGGGGUUCCCUCCAAAGCCACAGGCUGUUUGGUGUUCUUAUAAGUGUAGUUAGGCCCCAUGGUGGCACAAUAUUAAAAAAAAAAAAAGGAAAACUGCUUUGGCUGUUCUGAGGACCACAUGUACCAAAUACAGCUGUGUAAAAAGUUUAUUUUCAGUCUUUUGGUUUAUGCAAAGCAUGUUAAGUAGCAUAUUAUUCUGACUUAAGUAGCAGCUCUUUAAUUACAGAAUACUUUAUAUAUAUAUAUAUAUAUAUAUAUAU